GGCAGUUUAGUGGACUACCUGCGCUCCAGAGGAAGGACCGUGCUCGGGGGAGACUGCUUACUCAAGUUCUCUCUUGAUGUGUGUGAGGCCAUGGAGUAUCUGGAGAACAACAACUUCGUGCACAGAGACCUGGCGGCUCGAAACGUUCUGGUUUCUGACGACAACAUCGCUAAAGUCAGCGACUUCGGCCUCACCAAGGAGGCGUCGUCCAUCCAGGACACCGGAAAGCUGCCCGUCAAGUGGACCUCCCCCGAAGCCAUCAGGGAGAAGAGGUUUUCCACCAAGUCUGACGUCUGGAGUUACGGGAUCUUACUUUGGGAGAUUUACUCCUUUGGGCGCGUGCCUUACCCCAGAAUUCCUCUGAAGGAGGUGGUGCCCCGGGUGGAGAAGGGAUACAAAAUGGACGCCCCUGACGGCUGCCCCCCGGUGGUCUACGACCUGAUGAAGCAGUGCUGGACCCUGGACUCUGUGGUGCGGCCAUCUUUCCACAUGCUGAGGGACAAACUGCAGCACAUCAGAGCCAAGGAGCUGUACCUGUGAGGGGGGGGGGGGACAAGAAGAAUAUACACAGUUACCAUCAUAGACUUAUGUGGAAAAUUGGACAAUUUGGACAAUUUUUAAGUGGUUUUGCGAGUUAUUGAGGACAGGAGCUCUACUAGCCACUUUGUGAACCCGGAAAUGUUAAGUACCCCAAAGUUUCACCUUAGGGUCUCCAGCACACAGAAACUGCCGGAUGCUAACCUGCAUAUGUUGGGCAAUUAGCAUCAUAGACUUAUGUGGAACAAUUGAACUAUUUUGGAGUGGUUUUGGAGGUUAUUGUGGAUGCUGAAGAGGAGGAAGAAGAGGAGGAGGAGGAAGAGGAAGAAGAAGCGGGACCACAACAUCUUCCCCCCCCCCUGACCUCCGCCCACGAGGACUGUUUCCUGUUUGUGUCGUUAAGCUCCUCCCUCUUUAUAGUCUACUUGCCAGCCGUGUGAACUCGGAGAUGUUGAGUACCCCAAAGUGUUAUGUUAGAAAUGUAGAGUAGGGGUCUCCAGCACAUAGAAGCUACGUUUAGAGUACAAAGGCCCCUUUCUGGUUGACAUUGUAGACCCCUCAAUAACCCUCAAAACCACAGAUUAAUGACCAAAUCUGUAAAACCAUUUUCUAACUAUAGUCCACAUUAAGUUCUAAUCGAUGCUAAUUCACACACUUCAUGCUAAUGGUGCAAACUGCAGGUUAGCAUCCGGUAGUUUCUAUGAGCUGGGGACCCUCCUAAACGUUUAUAUCAUUAAGCUUUGGGGUCUUCAACAUCUCCAGGUUCAGGACUCGAUGACCUGGAAACAAACCGUUACCUGCCGUCUCUCUUUGGGUCCAAGUUUGUCCUCCGCCUCUUUUCGUUCCUCCUCUCCUGAACUCGGCAUUAUACCUGGAGAGGCUGGGCCUUUUCCUCCACGUUUGUCAGGUGCUCUUCCUCCUCCCCUCAUCUUCAUCAUCAUUCCUGGAUCUCUGCAUGAAUCCUUCCCCCAGGUUUGUGUCAGAUGUGGGGCUUUAAAUCUGAGAAAAGUGCCUCCAGUCUCCAGAGCUCCAGGAUCUGCUCCUCCACCUGGACUGCUUUCUUUUGCUUUUUUAUUGCUUUUUUUAAGGAAAUCUUUUUUAUUGCUUUCCUUUUUAUUUCAGGGAGGAUAUCAAACCAUUUUUUUUUCUUUUGAGCCGUCUCCUCCACCUCAAUUUCCACCAUCAGAGACUGGGAUUUUUUUUUUAUCCAUGAAGAGGAACAGGAAAAGAGAGGCGGGACAAUAACGAACACGAAAAGGUUUAGAGGCAGUUCCCAAACACUCAUCAUACGUGGGCUUGUUUUUAUAUCAAAAUAUAUUUAAAGGAUUAAAAAAA